AUGAGUAAUACCCAAGAACAAACCACUACAAAGCCUGCAAAUGAAGCUACAAAGACAAGUGCAGUAAGACGCACAUUAGAGGAAGAUGACGAAUUUGAAGAUUUUCCAGUCGACACUUGGCCAGAAAAUGACACAGUAAAAGCCGCAUUGGCUAAUGAUAAAACCAAGAAUUCGAAUCUAUGGGAAGAAGAUUGGGAUGACGUUGAAGUAGAAGAUGAUUUUACCAAGGAAUUAAAGGCAGAAUUAGAUAGACAUAAGCAAACCCAAAAUAAUUGA